AUGAAAAGAAACUUAUUGUUUGAGGAUUUAAAGAAGGGCAAUGGCAAGUUAAUAGACCCCAAGAAGAUAAUAGGCUAUAAAUAUCCAUUGAAGCUUGUUAGAUUCACUGACAAGGAUAUCAUAUUGUAUGAUUAUGCUAUUGGACUGGGAAGAGAUCCUAAAUGGGAGUCGUAGAUGAAAUAUGUAUACGAAAACGAUUAAGACUUUCAAGCUUUUUGCACUAUGCCUGUGAUCGGGGGAAUAGGAUCAGGCCAUAUCAGUGAAGAAAGAUAAAUACCUGGCAUGCAAGAUUUUAACCCUACAUAGUUACUUUUUGGAGAAUAAGUCAUUGAAAUCUAUUAAUCGAUAAAACCUAAUGUCCAAUAUACAUUUGAUAGGAGAGUAUUAGAUGUAGCAGACAAGGUUAAAGGUUUGUUACUGACUAAAGAGUCUAAAUGCACUGAUGAAAAGGGGGAAUUAGUGGCUAUAAGCACGUAAACUAUAUUUAUUCGAGGUUUAGGUGGAUUUGGAUAUAAAGGAUCAGUUAUUUUAGCGUCUCCUAGAAAACCUCCAACAAAGCCAGAAAGAAUUGUGACUGAAAAGAUAUAGUCUAACACUUCCCUUAUCUAUAGAUUGACAGGAGACUACAACCCUAUUCAUAUUGAUAUAGGCCUGGCAGAGCUAGGUGGGUUUGAAAAGCCAAUUCUGCCAGGUCUGUGCACAUUUGGAAUAGCUAGUAGAAUCGUUUACGAAAAUUACUGUUAGAAUCCUGAUUCAAAGUAAGAUCAUGAAAAACUUAGAAAGAUUGGAGCAAGAUUUACUACUCCAAUUUAUCCAGGUGAGACCUUGGUAGUAAGCAUUUGGAGGAAAGAAAAGAGAAUAAUCUUUGAGGGCACCAUUAAAGAAAGAAGAAACAGGCUAGCUGUAUUCGGCUAUGCUGAAUUGAGAGAGAAUUCCAAAUUAUGA